AUGACGGACAAGAUCAUCAGCGCAGAGGAAGUCAUAAAGCACACCACGCCGGAGAGCUGCUGGGUGGUGCUGUACGGGAACGUGUACGACGUGACGUCGUUCCUGCCCUCACACCCGGGGGGUUCCAAGAUCAUCCUGCAGCUGGCGGGCCGCGACGCGACAGAGGAGUACGACCCGAUUCACCCGCCGGGCACGCUCGAGGAGAACCUCAAGCCCGAGGCGAAGCUGGGGCGUGUGGAUCCGGACACGUUGGUGCAGACUAACAACGCCGGCGCUAAGGACGAGAAGAAGAAGAAGAAGGAUGGUGAUGGUGGGGAGGAUGGGGCAGAAGAGGAAACGCCGCCCAUGGAGAGCCUCCUGAACCUCCACGAGAUCGAGGAGCUCGCCAGACGCCGCAUCUCGGAGCGAGCAUGGGCGUACUACUACUCGAGCAGCGACGACACCUACUCCAAGAGCUUCAACAACGCCGUGUACCGCGACAUCCUGCUGCGGCCGCGCGUCUUCGUCGAUUGCAUGCGGUGCGACAGCUCGACGACGCUACUAAACCACAAGGUCGGGGUGCCCAUCUACGUGUCGCCGGCCGCCAUGGCGCGGCUCGCGCAUCCGGACGGCGAGGCCGGCAUCGCGAGGGCGUGCGCCCGCUUCGGCGCUAUGCAGAUCGUUUCUAAUAAUGCGAGCUUGACGCCUGAGCAGAUCGUGGCGGAUGCGCCGCAGGGGCAGGUGUUUGGAUGGCAGCUUUAUGUGCAGAAUGACCGUGCUAAGAGCGAGGCUAUGCUGGCGCGCAUCAACCAGAUGUCCGACCGCUUCAAGUUCAUCUGCCUAACGCUCGACGCGCCCGUGCCCGGCAAGCGCGAGCUCGACGAGAAGCAGUCCUUCAAGAACGCAGUCAAAGUCGCCGCGGGCGUCGCGACGGGCAACGAAUCCUCCCGCCCCGGCGGCGGCGGCGUCGGCCAGCAGCUCUUCUGGGGCACGGCCGCCGACCUGACGUGGAAGGUGACGCUGCCCUGGCUGGCGCAGCACACAAACCUGCCGAUCGUGGUCAAGGGCAUCCAGACGCACGAGGACGCCUAUCUGGCGGCCAAGUACGCGCCGCAGGUCAAGGCGGUCAUCCUGUCGAACCACGGCGGGCGCGCGCUGGACACGGCGCCGCCGGCCGUGCACACGCUGCUCGAGAUCCGGCGGUACUGCCCGGAGGUCUUUGAGCGAGUCGAGGUCUGGGUCGAUGGUGGUAUCAAGCGCGGCACUGAUGUUGUGAAGGCGUUGUGUCUGGGCGCAAAGGCCGUGGGUAUUGGGCGGCCGGCUUUAUUUGGGCUCGGGGCUGGGGGGCAGGCGGGCGUGGAGCGGACGCUUGAGAUCUUGAAGGCCGAGACGGAAACGUGCAUGCGGUUACUGGGCGUGGAGAAAGUGAGCGAUUUGGGUAUGAGACAUAUAAACACGAGGAAAGUGGAGAGGGACAUCUUUGAUGGCGGUGCUGGCUUGGAGACGUUUGGACUUUGGGACAAGGUCAAGUCCAAGUUGUAG